AUGGCUGACGCCGGGCUUCCUGCCAACUGGGAGGUUCGUCACUCGAACUCGAAGAACCUCCCGUACUACUUCAAUACAACCGACAAGGUCUCCCGCUGGGAGCCGCCCCCAGGCACCGACACAGAGAAGCUCAAGCAUUACAUGGCCACCCAUCACUCAGCAUCGACCUCGCGUCCUGCUGAUGGUCCUGUACCUGAUGGCAAGAUUCGCGCCGCCCACCUGCUUGUGAAGCACGAGGGCAGCCGCCGCCCCUCCUCUUGGCGUCAAGAGAAGAUUGACCGCACAAAGGAGGACGCGUACAGCAUCAUUCGCGGUUACGAGGAGAAGAUCAAAAGUGGCCAGAGCAGUCUUGGCGAUCUUGCUGUGACCGAGAGCGAUUGUAGCAGCGCGAGGAAGCGCGGCGACCUGGGCUACUUUGGCCAGGGAGACAUGCAGCGCGAGUUCGAGGAGGCAGCCUUUGCGCUGAAGGUUGGUGAGGUCAGCGGUAUCGUUGAAACGGCGAGCGGUCUCCAUAUAAUUGAAAGGCUGGAGUAGAACCACCCGUCGGAACAUUCAAAUGGAAAUGGCUUUCACUGAGCUCACAAAUGGAGGCAAGAGCCUCGUCCCGAAUCAAGGCAUUCAGAAAAUACGGGGAGAAACAAGAGGGCCUCCAAGGGCCGUCGUCAAUCAAACAUAUUUGUACAGGUGCGAGGCCUAGAGCCAGCUGAUUAUCUAUCAUUAGGGCAUGCCUCGUAUCAUAACUCGUGUCCUC